AGCCUUUUAUGUUCGUUUGAAGAGGAAAAUUGAUAAUAGGAUAACAAACGUUCAUCUUCUUUUCUCCAACUGAAGAGAGCUGUAUAAGCACUUGAGGACAAGUUUCACUCCGAUUUCAGUGCUUUUACCGUCAAUUAUUCCGGAUUCAUAUGAUGGAGAUACCGAGAGUCAUACUGUUUCUGUACCUUCUUACUCGACUAGCAAUCACUUAUGGCAAGUCUGUAACUGGUUAGUAAGCGAUUUUUUUCCUUACACCUCAUAAUUCAAUGCAUUUAAUAACUCUAUUCCGCGCGCGUUAUGACGGCGGAUUCAAUAACAAAAAAAAUGGAGCGCACUAAAUAAAUAUCGACGAAGGAAAAUGAUUGUUAGGAAUCCAUUUUUUACAUAACUCCGCGAAACUUAGUAUUCGAAGGGCGCUCAACCUCAACAAAUAAGAAAGAGAUGAUGUUUUUUGCGAGUCAAAACCAAACAGCGUCCACAGAAACAUUCAGCCACGUGUUUAUAACUUCGAAGACCGCUGGGAAAGUGUCCGCAAAUUCGCUGCCACGUUUAGGGAAAUUUAGAGGCUUCGCGUGUGAGUCAGGAUUCGUUUACUGUUUUUGUAUGUCACAGACAUUAGUUUCAAAAAUAUUAAAAGCCAUGCAAGCACUGUGUUUUCAGUGUGUUCGCUUGGUGUAGUUGGUUUAUUUCAUAAUGGCAGUUUUCGCCUUAAAACGCCAUAACCUUGAAAGCUAUAAACGUUUACAAUGUUUGAAAAUCAGAUUGGUGAAAUCUAACAAAUCCUACUUAUCAGUGUGAAGAAUAUUCAUGUUUACGGGGAGUUCGCGUGACCCCUACAUCAACUUCUGUAAAUAUACGGAAAAUUCUGUCUUCGCAUAAAAUGGAGGAUUUUCUCAUCAGAUAACUAGGUUCAAUUUCACCAUCCUCUCGCCGUCGAUUGUUUGCCAACAACUACAAAAAUAAUUAACUAAACUUGUUGGAUAAUUAACUCAACGUCGUUCAUUUUUCCUCGAAACAACACCAGGCAGUGCAAGGCGAAACAAAAAGUUUACUAGAAGUGCAUGUUGGCAUAGUGCAACGGGGAGGAACUACUAUAGCGAAGAUAGAACGCGAAGAAACCAGGAAGAAACUCGCUCGUCUGUUUCGGGUGAUCUUCGUUCCCAAAUUUUUUUGUGAACGCCUUGUAAGACUGUCAAUGUUAUCUAAAUGAUUCAAUGCCGCCUUUGUAAUUUGCAGUAUAUUGGGAAAAACCAAACGCCGCCUCAAGGACCGUUUUAAUGAACAUAGACGCCCUAUCCUUAACCCCUCCGGUAGUUACAUUCAAACCGCAGUUUCAGAACACUUUCCCAGCAUCAGCCACUCUGUUUCCCAUAUGUUACUUAUCUCAAUUGAAACACUUAGAUAUGGGCGCGCUUGUCUUAGAAAAGAACGCAAGAUGAACCUCAUUAAUAAACCCAAAACCAUCGAGCCUCUGCGAAUGAACAAACGUGACGAACAAAUAAUCAUUGUGUAUUCCUUAUCUUUCUUUCGAUUUUUGUUUCUUAGCAGCCACACCUUACCACGUCAUACCAUGUAACUUCCGUUUAAUAUUUUACAGUAGUAUUUUUUUGCUUUAAUAAGAUGAGUACAGUUUUUUAAAAGAACACAACAUUUUUUUUAUCGAAUAAGCAUUUCCCACAUUUCAUGACCUGCUAGCUAUGUUUAAUAAGCCAAUUGCAUAAUACGGGGAAAUUACAAAAGGUGGAGUGACGACAAGCAAUGCCAAUAAAAUAGGAAGUUUCAGAAAAAAGCCAAAAUUUCCUCGUCAUAUGAUUGACAUGUUAUUGCAAACUUAUGCAUCGACGGAAGUACAGUCACUUAACGAUAACUGACCCCAAUGACAACUUUAUAUCCUGUAUAACAGGCGAUCUUUAGCCAAGCGUCAAGCUAGCGGAAAAAUUUCUGGUUUACACCCAGCGGAGAGUCCCUGAUAAGAUUCUUCCACCCGUCAUCGCGACCACAAUUUUCGCUCUAAACCCGUAAUCCCGAUGGAUCCUUUCAGCACUUAGGUAUCCCGAGCAUGCUAUCAAUCACGAAUCUUGCCCCCCUAUCACUUUAAAAUCCCGAAUCCCAACCUUCACAUAAGGCGAAUCCCGCAUCCCGGAAAACCUAUUGGGGUCCCGCGCUAUGCUCUCGAGCUUCGCGCACGGCGAAAUAACACCUGCAGGCUAGCAGAUUACCAACUGUGCUGUUUCGGCGGGCUUAUCACUUAGUAAGACUAAAAUGUUUCACUGAACUACAAGUUAAUGCGGUUUACAUCAACCUUACGACAGGUGCGAACUGAUUCCGAGUUCCAAAAAAUCUCACUUUCAAAACGAGGCUAAGUGCGAAACCUUUGCUGUGAAAAUGAGUUUUAUUUGCAUCAUAAUUUUUAACCAUUUUCAUAACAAUGGCUUCGUACUUAGCCCCGCUUCGAAAGUGAGAUUUUUUGGAACUCGGAAAUGGCCUAUUUGAUUUUGACUAGACUAGGAUAAACUUAUUUUCACUUCAAAAUUAUGAGUUUGCUUUCCUCAGAGGUCUGAUUUUCAUCUUCGUAAACAUGGGACCAGUUGAUAUAAAUAUUUGAAGAAGAUUUUUUUUCGGUUUCAGCUGCCUUGAACUGAGUUAUACUGCAUUUUAUCCUUUGGUUAUAAUUAUUAGUUUUAAAAGAUCCUUUAUGAACUAUGGUUAACAAUGGUAUGGUAGCGAGAUGCGUCAUUUUAAUAUACAUGUAAACUUUCCUGAGAGAGUAAAUUUUUACCGCGGCAAUUAUAAAAAGUGAAGGAUUAUAACACCGACCGCAAUAUUCGCAUUAGAGUGACCGCAAAGUUACAUAACCACUCCAAAGUAUAAUGCCCCACCGCAAUUUCUAAGAAAAUAAGGACUUUUCAAACGUCCCUUCACACUAGUACAGCCUUGUUGACCACCAAAGAGCAAACAAUAAACGAAAACUGACAACAAAUCCAUAAUAUGCUCUAUCGAUGUGGACUAUAUUGCGCAAACAAAGUGAAUAUAUUAAAUAUGAACACGCAUCAAUGCAAACAGAAAGCUUUUAGUGACUCAAACGUUAGCUUAAAUUGUCAGUAUUGCAAGAGUGACCGGUCCGUGGGGAAGGAGAAUUUUUAUGUUUUCCCGCUUCUCACCAAACACCCUCGUAAAAACUCUCAGGCACAAAUAAACGGGCCUGCGACGCUCAUAAAUAGCCUUAGGCCUCAUAGUUCCCUGCUGUCAGCGGUCUCUUAAAGCUAGAGAAAAAUGAGAGUAAGGUGAGACAGAUCUCUGCCGGUUUCCGACGAGUUUCUUUUUAUGCAUGCACUGGCGUUUUCUUAACAACCAGGCCCCAGUUGUUAAAAAGGUGGAUAGCACUAUUCACUGGAUAAAUCACUAUCCAGUGGAUAAGCAUUAGGAAAACCAAUUGCGUUAUCCAGUGGAAAGAGAUUAAUCCAGUGGAUAGCGCUAUCCACCUUUAGAACAACUGGGGCCAGGUUGCGUUCCACAAAAUUUACUUAAGGCCAUCCCCUUUUUUUUCGUUUAGCGUCCAAAGCGUUUCCUGAUAUUGGGUGGGUCGGUCGGUCGGAUUGAAAAAAUAAGACCUUAAAAAAAAAUCACAAGAAGUCUGAGAAUAUGAAGUCCUGGUACCCCAGGAUGACAUUCACAUAUUUGGAUUAAUAAACUGCACAAUAUACUGUAAAAAAUGUUCCUGUCUUUGUUCCUGUUUUUCCCUAUGCUGUUACUAUUCUCAUUUUUCAGAUUAAAAUAAUUUUUUCAAGUAAAAAAUGGUUUCACUACGUCGUUACUUUUUUGUUGUUUUGAAAAUGCCAAAAAUUUGGGUCGGUCGGACGACGAUAAACGGAGAAAAAAAGUGGAUGGCCUAGCCGGUUUGUGCGAUAACAAAUGUGGCCACAGAAAUUUCCGGCGUACAUUCUCAACAGGGCACCCGCAUUGCACUUUGAACGAAACUGGUUUUGAAAACCAGUAAGUUCGACCACAAAUUCUAGUCGGCGGCUCCAUAAACGAACGCGUCGGUGGCCGGCAGAGCCAGUCUCUCUCCUUCUCCUAUUUUUGUCUCGCCUUUAGAGGCCUCUGCUAGUAGGGAAGCCUCGUACUCUAUAUUUUGUUAAUAAAAUCCAACUAGUGGUCUAUUAUCAAUGCUGCGUUCUGAUUGGUUGAGCUGCUACUAGGCUAUAUGUUAUAGCCCACCAGUAGCGAAAAGCGCCAGCUUUGAAACCAAAACAAUGGCGGCUGAAUGGCGUUUUGCUUGUUAAAGUUGUUUUGUCCUGAUAUUUUUCACCAGCUAGUUGGAUUUUACUAAAACAAUUGUUCCUCUCGCCCUCAUAGCCUCUGAGUCAAUAGGCCCAAUUCAGAGCCCAUUCGGGCUCGAGGAAUAAUUGCUAAUUAGACAUAGGUAAUCGUCUUUACAAAGGAUGCGUAGACUACUAAAUGCGAGUGUCGUCUCAAGGGGAACGAUGCAAAAGAGUAUAUGAUGACCUGAGGGGUUAAAGGAAGAGGUAGCCUGCGUCGCAGACGUAAUUUAACCUUGGUAAGUAACGUCUGCGAAACAGCGCCGAUAUCCUUAUUCUGGGCCCUCAACGAAUCACCGGAAGUGCGUUUCGAAUUUCCCUUCAACCUCAUUGGCAGAUCGACAAUGGCUUUAAUAUCAGGCCAAUCAUGGCGCGUAGUCAAAAUGGCGACCCAGAGCAAGGGUCCGGCGCUGUUUCGCAGACGGACUUAACCAGAGUUUGGUUUCGUCUGUGGCACAGGCUGUGGAAGACGCAAUUUGAAAGGCGAUUGAGUAGAAGCAGGGAGUGGAGAUACUCAGUAUUAAAAUCAGGAGCCCAUAACCCGGAGCGAGUAACUCCCAUACUACGCCUCUGUCACGGCGUUUUUACUGACCAGUUUAUUUUUAGACACAUUUUAGGGCACUUUUCCCCGCAAAAAUGGAAUCUCCACCAUGUCUACGAGCGCAUUCGAAGUAUGAGAUAUCAAAAAAGGUAAAAAUAUCAUUUUUAGGUAUGUAGGUUUUGCGAACUGGUUUGCGGAAUUUAAAAGGUAUACAAAAUUCGCGCCAAAACCUUUCUAAAAAUAAACUAGUCCGUGAAAACGAGCGCAUGGAAGUUGCUCUCUCCGGGUUAAUUAUGGGCUCCUGUUAAGAUAACGUAAAUGCAGGUUUGAAAAUAUUUACAUCUCUUCACAGAUAACAAAGAAGAGCGCUCGCUGUCCUGCUACCAUUGUUACUCUAACAAAUCGUGGGAGAACUGCAAUGAUCAGGUCAAAGGAGUGAUAUGUCCAGACGAUAAUAAUGUGUGUACGGAGAAAAAGAUAACCAGGAAAAUAAAACAAAACGACAAGCGAGUACAGAUAACAGAGUUUGUCAAGCAGUGUGACCACGCGGAAGGCUGUUCAGACGAGGAAUGCAAAGAGCUUGGAUGGAGUUGCGUUGUGAAAUGCUGCAACCAGGACAUGUGUAACACCUGUGUUGUCAACACUGCAAGCCUCGUUGUCAUGGCAACUGCAAUCUUAACAGGGUUGUCUUUGGGGCCAUGACCCUUGUUCUGAUCUCGCACAAUUUCACAGUUGACAUUACAGUACAAAGCAUUGUUAGCCAAACAAGAGACUGCAAACACUUUGGGAAAUGUUAUGGGAAAAGAUUUGUAAAUACUAUGCUUAAGGAUAGUAUACACCUGCGCCGCAAGCAAUAUACGCAGACGCUGAGUAGUGGCUAUUAAGUACUUUCGGCAAGGAUUUCGUUCCAACAAAGGAAGGUUCGAUUUCUUCGCAGCAUAAGCGUAUAGCGUUCGCAUUUGCCCGUGAUUUCUUCAGAAAUUUUUUAGCUCAGGAAAUGUGACGUUAUACCACAUACUGCAACUGAAUCCAACCGAAAUUUAUUUCAGAUUCCGGUUUCUCAAACUCAUUAAUAAUUCAUAAAGAAAAUGCAAGGAAAUUUAAAAUAUUUAACGAGUGUUUGGAAAUCAGAUUAAAAAGUGCUCAUAUUUGCAUCCUUAAUUUCUCCUUUUAAGAUCCUUUUGUUUGAGAAGUUAUAUCAAGCAUUCGACACAGUUUCAUCAAAAGAUGAGUGAAUGGACUCCACAGUGAGUUCAAAGGGUUACAAAUGUUGAAUGCUGUUAGAUGUUUUAAAAAAACUGUUCACGUUUUAAAGCUUUUCAGUUCAUUCAUUACUCAGACGCACUGACGGUUCUGUAUAUUCCUCGUUGAACAAAAAUGAAAAUAAUGAUAAUAAAUAAUUAGC